GGAGGCUGGAGCUGCUGUUGACGGUACAGACAGACUCAAAGCCCACCAGUGUCCUCCGACACACAGUGAUGAUACGUUUCUUAUAUUCACCAAGUGGAUUUUUCUGGUGUCUUGAGCGGCUGGUCGCCUAUAUUUAAUCCACUACAUUUAACAUUGCUGCGAAAAUGAAGUUCAAACCAGGCUACGGUCAGGGAGGCUACGGUCAGGUGCAAGCUUCAUCCCAUGGAGCCCUCUUCUUCUCGGUCUCAAACAUCGGUCAAUCCGAUGCACCACUUCCUUAUGUUGCGGCCCCAGUUGAUGGAUUCUGACAUGGACUAUGAGAGGCCAAACGUUGAGACUAUCAAGUGUGUGGUGGUAGGGGACAACGCUGUUGGGAAGACCCGCCUUAUCUGUGCCCGGGCCUGUAAUGCAACACUGACUCAGUACCAAUUGCUUGCUACGCAUGUACCCACUGUCUGGGCCAUAGACCAGUACAGAGUUUGCCAGGAAGUUCUGGAGCGAUCUAGGGAUGUGGUGGAUGAGGUCAGCGUGUCUUUGCGACUCUGGGACACAUUCGGGGACCAUCACAAGGACCGACGCUUUGCAUAUGGAAGGUCGGAUGUGGUGGUUUUAUGUUUCUCCAUCGCCAACCCCAACUCCCUGUACCAUGUAAAGACUAUGUGGUACCCUGAGAUCAAGCACUUCUGCCCCCGGGCUCCAGUCAUCUUGGUGGGCUGCCAGCUGGACCUGCGCUAUGCUGACCUGGAGGCAGUCAACAGGGCACGACGGCCACUAGCAAGACCGAUUAAAUCCAAUGAGAUUUUGCCUCCAGAGAAGGGCCAUGAGGUGGCCAAAGAGCUGGGAGUGCCAUACUACGAGACCAGUGUUGUGGCUCAGUUUGGAGUAAAGGACGUAUUUGAUAAUGCCAUCCGCGCUGCCCUAAUCUCACGGCGCCACCUGCAGUUCUGGAAGUCUCACCUGCGCAAUGUGCAGCGGCCCCUCCUCCAGGCCCCCUUCCUGCCUCCCAAACCCCCCCCUCCCAUUAUCACUGUACCACCUCUCCCCACCACCACUGAGGAGCAUCCUGGCCGUCUUCUAGAGGACCCCCUGUGUUCCGAUGUCAUCCUGGUCCUACAGGAGAAGCAGAGAAUCUUCGCACACAAGAUCUACUUGGCCACGUCCUCCUCCAAGUUCUAUGACCUCUUCAUCCUGGAUGCCCGACCUGAGGAGUCUGAGCGGCCCACGCGCGCCACCGCUCUGUCUGGCCGCGAGAUGCUGAUGCGUGCUGCAAGCUUCGAUGUGUGUGAGAGCACUGACGAGGGCGACAGGGCCAACCUGCGGGCCUGCACCAGUGAUGGAACCCUGAGAGACUCUGAGGGAGGCCGGAGGGGCAGACUGCUGUCUACCUUGAGCAGAGCUUUUGUCAGCAUCCAGGAGGAGCUGGUGGAUGACCCAGUGACCUACAACCCCAGGCCUAUGACCGUGGUAUACAUGGACCAGUCCAUGCAGCUGGGGCCCUUCCGCGCUGUGCUGCGAUACCUGUACACAGGCCAGCUGGAUGAGCACGAGAAGGAGCUGAUGCACAUUGCACACAUUGCUGAGCUGCUGGAGGUCUUUGACCUGCGCAUGAUGGUGGCCAAUAUUCUUAACAACGAGGCCUUCAUGAACCAGGAAAUCACCAAAGCCUUCCAUGUACGACGAACCAACAGAGUCAAAGACUGCCUGGCCAAAGGCACCUUCUCUGAUGUAGCGUUCAAGCUGGAUGAUGGAACGAUCAUGGCCCAUAAGCCCCUGCUCAUCUCCAGCUGUGACUGGAUGGCAGCUAUGUUUGGGGGGCCCUUUGUGGAGAGCUGCACCAAAGAGGUGCUGUUUCCCAACACAACUCGCAGCUGUAUGAGGGCUGUGCUGGAGUACCUCUACACUGGGCGCUUCUGUUCCCGCACUGACCUGGAUGCCAUGGAGCUCAUUGUUCUGGCCAACCGUCUUUGCCUCCCACACCUGGUUGCUCUUACAGAACUCUACACAGUGACAGUAUUAAUGGAGGCUGCUAUGAUGGGGGCUGAUAUUGAUGGAGAUGUGCUGGUGUACCUGGAGAUGGCUCAGUUCCACUGUGCACAACAGCUAAGUGGCUGGUGCCUUCACCACAUCUGCACCAACUAUAAUAGUGUGUGUCGCAAGUUUCCUCGAGACAUGAAGGCCAAAUCUACAAACAACCAGGACUACUUUGAGAAGCACCGCUGGCCACCAGUGUGGUUCCUGAAGGAGGACGACCACUAUCAAAGAGCACGGAAGGAGCGGGACAAGGAGGACUUCCUGUACCAGAGGAGGCAGUGUAAACGCAAGUGGCUCUUCUGGAACCUUCCUUCUUCUCCCUCUGCCAACUCUUCCUCUUCUGGUUCCAAUGCUGUCAUCUGAUUGGCUCUCAGGGUACAGGCAAGGCCCACUGUGGGGAUGAUUUGGGAAAGUGGAGCAUCAGCACUGUUGGCCAGACACUAGGCCCCCUCAUUAAGGCCCUCCCGCCCUCUUUCAUUUCUCUUUUUGCAUCUGCAGCCAAGCUAUACUCUCCCGGGUUUGCAGGGUCAGCUAAAUCAAAUCAUGAACGAAAUGAGCCUCUUUUGCUUUUUGUGUUAGCAUAUCCUGCCACAUUGCAGUGCAGAGACCAUGAAGCUAAAAACCUUCAAGCUCAGUGACUUCAACCUUAUGAACAAGGCAAGGUAAAUGCAGGUGCAGGUGACUGCUCAAUAUGGUGUUGAUAUUCCUGCAUACACCACCAGGAGGAGAACUCAGAAAGUUAUGAGAGGGAUUUGCAUCAGGUUACAGAACUGUGAUCCUCAGCUCAUGAUAACCAUUGACUGACUUGAAUUGACAACCAAGUGCUUAUCAGCUGCAACAGACAAAUAGCAAAGACCAAUGACCAGCAAACCAACACAGAAAUCAAGUCUCAGUGAUACAACACUUGCCCUUAAAGUGUUUGUACAAUCUACCAAACCAGGAUGUGUACAGUAAAAUUAUAACCACUUCUCAAGCAGAAAUAUCAACAAAAUGCAUUACGUCUACAUUACGAUUAAUCUAUUAAUGUCAUGUAGGACAUCGUCUUAGACCAUUUUCCUAUUGGAAACCACUUUCUGUACAGAAUUAUGUUUUAAAUAGCGGCGGUUUGACUCCUUUACAGUUAUUGCAUAUUUGAAUGUUUGUAUACAACUUGCACAGCUGACGUUGAUAUGAGUGAAUACAUGACCAGUGUUCUUGUGACACAGGGGUUAAAGUGCUCUGUCACUACGACGGGUUUCCCUCAUAUGUAUGACUCAUGAUGUUUGAUAUAUGUAUAGUACCAGUCAAAAGUUUGGACACCUACUCAUUCCUGGGUUUUCCUUAUUUUUACUAUUUUCUACAUUGUAGAAUAAUAGUGAAGGCAUCAAAACUAUGAAAUAGCACAUAUGGAAUCAUGUAGUAACCAAAAAAGUGUUAAAUAAAUCCAAAUAUAUUUGUCACGUGUGCACCCUCUCCGGCCUCUAGGUCCCCAGGCUGCUCAUUAUGGCGCAUACCUGUCACCAGCAUUACGCGCAUAAUGACACUCACCUAGACUCCCAUCACCUUCUUGAUUACCUACUCUAUAUAUGUCAAUCCCUUUGGUUUCUUCUCCAGUUGUCAUUGUUCCUGUUUCAUGUCGGUGCACUGUUCGUGUUUAGUGUUUCUUGUUUUGUUCAUUUAUUAAUUAAAUGUAGUCACACACUGAACUUGCUUCCCAACUCUCAGUGUACAUCGUUACAGAAUGACGACUCAACAAAGAGAAGAAUCAGGGAGUGUUUAUUUUGUUUGUUUUGGUAUUGGAGGUGAUGUCGGGUCCGGGUGUCUGAACCGGCGCUACAUGGGAGACCUCAGCAUGUUUGUCAGGUUCCCCUGCCUCAGCUGGCUCGACGGGCUCCAUGCCUCAGCGUGCUCGACAGGCUCCCAUGCCUCAGCGUGCUCGACAUGUUCCCAUGCCUCAGCGUGCUCGACAGGCUCCCAUGCCUCAGCGGGUUCGACAGGCUCCCAUGCCUCAGCGGGUUCGACAGGCUCCCAUGCCUCAGCGGGUUCGACAGGCUCCCAUGCCUCAGCGGGUUCGACAUGUUCCCAUGCCUAGACCGAGGCAAUCGGGUAGGUCUCAGCCGGUUCAUCAGGUUUCUGCGCCUCAGCGGAGGCGACCGGUCCUUUCCAGAUCCCAGGGAUCGUCCCUUUGGUUGGCGUCCUGUGGCUGAAACCGAACGCACCGGGGAGGGGUACUGUCACGUAUGCUCUCUCUCUCCGGCACUCUAGGACGUCAUGCUCCCGCACCUCUGCCGGAUCGUCAGGUUCCCGCGCCUUAGCAACCGAUCCGCGCCUGAUCCCCGGGAUCAUCUUCUUGGGCGGCGUCCUGAGGCUGGAGCUGCGGGUUGGGGAGGGGCUACUGUCCCGUGUGCUCCCUCUCCGGCCUCUAGGUCACCAGGCUGCUCGUUAUGGCGCAUACCUGUCACCAGCGGCAUGUGCAUAAUGACACUCACCUAGACUCCAUCACCUCCUUGAUUUCCUGCCCUAUAUAUGUCACGCCCUUUGGUUACUUCCCCAGUCGUCAUUGUUCCUGUUUCAUGUCGGUGCACUGUUCGUGUUUCUUGUUUUGUUCAUUUAUUAAUUAAAUGUAUUCACUCCCUGGCUCUCAGCGUACAACGCUACAAUAUUUGACAUUCUUCAAAGUAGCCACCCUUUGCUUUGAUGACAGCUUUGCACACUCUUGGCAUUCUCUCAACCAGCUUCACCUGGAAUGCUUUUCCAACAGUCUUGAAGGAGUUCCCACAUAUGCUGAGCACUUGUUUGCUGCUUUUCCUUCAGUCUGCGGUCCAACUCAUCCGAAACCAUCUCAAUUGGGCUAAGGUUGGGUGAUUGUGAAGACCAGGUCAUCUGAUGCAGCAUUCCAUCAACCUUCUUGGCUAAAUAGCCCUUACACAGCCUGCAGGUGUGUUGGGUCAUUUUCCUGUUGAAAACAAAUGAUAGUCCCACUAAGCACAAACCAGAUGGGAUUGUGUAUCGCUGCAGAAUGCUGUGGCAGCCAUGCAGGUUAAGUGUGCCUUGAAUUCUAAAUAAAUCACUGACAGUGUCACCCGCAAAGCACCCCCACCCCAUCAUACCUCCUCCUUCAUGGUGGGAACCACGCAUGCAGAUAUCAUCCAUUCACCUACUCUGCGUCUCACAAAGACACGGCAGUUGGAACCAAAAAUCUCAGAUUUGGACAAAUCAGACCAAAGGACAGAUUUCCACCAGUCUAAUGUCCGUUGAUCGUGUUUUUUGGCCCAAGCAGAUCUCUUCUUGUUGGUGUCUCUUAGUAGUGGGUUCUUUGCAGCAAUUCAACCAUGAAGGCCUGAUUCACACAGUCUCCUCUGAACAGUUGAUGUUAAGUUGUGUCUGUCACUUGAACUCUGAAGCAUUUAUUUGGGCUGCAAUUUCUGAGGCUGGUAACUGUAGUGAACUUAUCCUCUGCAGCAGAGGUAACUCUGGGUCUUCCUUUCCUGUGGCGGUCCUCAUGAGGGCCAGUUUCAUCAUAGCGCUUAAUGGUUUUUGCGACUGCACCUGAAGAAACUUUAAAAGUUAUUGAAAUGUUCUGCAUUUACUGACCUUCAUGUCUUUAAGUAAAGAUGGACUGUCAUUUCUCAUUGCUUAUUUGAACUGUUCUUGCCAUAAUAUGGACUUAGUCCUAUUUGGUAAAAGACCAUCUUCUGUAUACCAACCCUACCUUGUCAAAACACAACUGAUUGGCUCAAAUGCCAUAAAUUAACUUUUAACAAGGAAAACCUGUUAAUUUAAAUGCAUUCCAGGUGACUACCUCAUGAAGCUGGUUGAGAGAAUGCCAAGAGUGUGCAAAGCUGUCAUCAAGGCAAAGGGUGGCUGCUUUGAAGAAUGUCAAAUAUAAAAUAUAUUUUGAUUUGUUUAGCACUUUUGUUUACUACAUGAUUCCAUAUGUGUUAUUUCAUAGUUUGUCUUCACUAUUAUUCUACAAUGUAGAGAAUAGUAAAAAUAAAGAAACCUGGAAUGUGCAGUUGUUUCCAAACCUUUGACUGGUACAAUGGGCAUGUAUAUAUCUCAGCAAAAAAAGAAACGUCCUCUCACUGUCAACUGCGUUUUAUUUCCAGCAAACUUAACAUGUGUAAAUAUUUGUAUGAACAUAACAAGACUCAACAACUGAGACACAAACUGAACAAAUUCCACAGACAUUUGACUAACAGAAAUUGAAUAAUGUGUCCCUGAACAAAGGGGGGGGUCAAAAUCAAAAGUAACAGUCAGUAUCUGGUGUGGCCACCAGCUGCAUUAAGUACUCCUCCUCAUGGACUGCACCAGAUUUGCCAGUUCUUGCUGUGAGAUGUUACCCCACUCUUCCACCAAGUUACCUGCAAGUUCCCGGACAUUUCUGGGGGGAAUGGCCCUAGCCCUCACCCUCCGAUCCAACAGGUCCCAGACGUGCUCAAUGGGAUUGAGAUCCGGGCUCUUUGCUGGCAAUGGCAGAACACUGACAUUCCUGUCUUGCAGAAAAUCAUGCACAGAAUGAGCAGUAUGGCUGGUGGCACUGUCAUGCUGGAGGGUCAUGUCAGGAUGAGCCUGCAGGAAGGGUACCACAUGAGGGAGGAGGAUGUCUUCCCUGUAACGCACAGCGUUGAGAUUGCCUGCAAUGACAAAGAGCUCAGUUUGAUGAUGCUGUGACACACCGCCCCAGACCAUGACGGACCUUCCACCUCAAUCUAUCCCACUCCAGAUUACAGGCCUUGGUGUAACGCUCAUUCCUUCAACGAUAAACGCGAAUCCGACUAUCACCCCUGGUGAGACAAAAACGCGACUCAUCAGUGAAGAGCACUUUUUGCCAGCCCUGUCUGGUCCAGCGAUGGUGGGUUUGUGCCCAUAGGCGACGUUGUUGCCUGUGAUGUACUGUGCAAGUGUUACACGUGGUCUGCCACUGCGAGGACGAUCAGCUGUCCGUCCUGCCUCCCUGUUGCGCUGUCUUAAGUGUCUCAUAGUACGGACAUUGCAAUUUAUUGCCCUGGUCACAUCUGCAGUCCUCAUGCCUCCUUGCAGCAUGCCUAAGGCAUGUUCACGCAGAUGAGCAGGGACCCUGAGCAUCUUUCUUUUGGUGUUUUUCAGAGUCAGUAGAGGGGCCUCUUUAGUGUCCUAAGUUUUCACAACUGUGACCUUAAUUGCCUAACGUCUGUAAGCUAUUAGUGUCUUAAUGACCGUUCCACAGGUGCACCCUGUACAAUGAAGAUCUGUGAAGGUAUUUGGAUUUUUACGAAUUAUCUUUGAAAGACAGGGUCCUGAAAAAGGGGCGUUUAUUUUUUUGCUGAGUUUAUGGAUGUGUGUAUAUACAGUUAAGUCGUAAGUUUACAUACACCUUAGCCAAAUUCAUUUAAACUGAGUUGUUGAAAGAAAUAAAAGCUGAAAUAAAGCAUUCUCUCUACUAUUAUUCUGACAUUCCACAUUCUUAAAAGAAAGUGGUGAUUCUAACUGACCUAAGACAUGGAAUUUUUACUGGGAUUAAAUGUCAGGAAUUGUAAAUAACUGAGUUUAAAUGUAUUUGGCUGAGGUGUAUGUAAACUUCCGACUUCAACUGUAUGUAUAGGACAGGGGGAAAUUAAUAUUUUGGUUAGGAAAAAUACACUCCAGGCCACACUUGAAUGUCUAAAACUAGAUAGAAAGCAUGUAGAAAUUAUAAUGGACAUUUUAGAAAAUAUUUAACUGCCCUUUUUCCUGGCCCACAAAUAGAUUUCGACAAACAAAUUGGUCAUUAAAAAAACGGUGCAGCCCUCCUGUUGAAUUUCGAAAAUCCCGAUGUAGCCUUCAGGCCAUAAAGUUUUCCUGCCAAUCUGAGUUCAAUUUAAGUUUCAGUCAUGGGAUUUUUUGUUGUUGUUGCUUUAAUCCAAGUGUGAUGUGCUCUUGUGAUGUGUGGCUACUUGCCAGAAAAGGGCUUUCUUUUGCACAGCCACAUUCAACAUCUUUUGACAAGACACACGAGAACCUCAGUCACAGAGUAUCGUUUAGCAUUUACUUUUGGAAACUCCAUCAAACACAAACGAAGCUCACCACUAGCUAUUUGUUGCAACAAUGGAAUGGCUUUGCACUACCAAGUUGUCUGCAUCCUGAUGAGAAGAGCACCGAGGCCACUACAGUACUGUACACAGUUGUCUAACAUGUGCUGCAAACAAUCUACAUGUGAUUGGAGAGCUCAUUGGAUGAGAAUAAUAGCAGCACUUCAAGACAAGUUUGAUAGGAAGAUGGGUUGAAAUUCUUAGAGCAGGGGUGUCAAACAUACAGCUAGCGAGGGAGUCCAAUCCAACCCAGGGCAAAGUGAGUUUGACACACCUGCCUUAAUGUACACUGAAGAGAUAUCUGAAGUGUAUGUUUAUCUCCCUGUUGUCAUUUCACCGAAGACAACCCACAGUAUUGUUUUGAUUUCUAAGCAUGGUGCUCAUUGAAUCUUGAGUAUUUACAGCAGGUGUGUGUGUAUAUAUUUCAACAACAAAAAAAAUACAAAAAAACUUUACAUGAAGUUGUCUCCAUUACAUAACAGUGCCCUUGAAUUACUAUAGAAUGAUGGUGGUAACUGACUGGAAAUAAUAUGUAUGUAUAACAACUUGACUUGUUUCAUACACAGUUAUGAAUGCUGCUAAUUUAUUAUCAAAGACAUUUAAAAUCCAUGUUUUGCGCUAUUUUUGGCAACUUAAUGUAGUGUGAUAGUCCACUAGAUUUCUGUUUGUUUUAUGGAUAGUUAUUUGUAAUUUUCACAUUUCUCCAAAUGCUUGUGCUGACCUCUGGUUACAUGUAUGGUAUGCAGGCAAACUGCUUUGAGUCAAAAGAAGUGGCACUACAGCUUGGGUAUGAAAAUAUAACCUGGAGCACGCUUCCAGCUAAUAUACAGUAGGCUACCGGGAAGCAUUUCGUUGUGAAAUAAUACAAUCAAAUAAUUAUAGAUACUAGACAGGGCUUUUUGUAGGAUAUUGUAGGAUAUUGUUCUCCUCCAUGCAUUUAGAAAUUAUAAUCCCUUAUGACAUCCUCAAAAUGAGCUUUCCAGUCAUUUAAAUGCCAUGAAUCCACUUACAAAGCUAACAUUAUAUCUCAAAAUGUUGCUUAAAUGUUCAUUUAAUGCAAUUUGACUGCAUGUACAUGGCUGAUCCGUAUAAUCUGUAAUUUAAGGAAUAGAUCAUGGAAGUAUAGGUAUGAGCACAAGCCAAUAAAUAGCUUUACAUGUUUAGAUAAAGUUCAUAUGUGAUGUUUUGCUCUAAUCUAUAAUUGAAAAAGGCAGGUUUGACAUAUGUAUCUAGUGAAAGGAUAAGUCACUUGGCAUACUAUCCCAACUCAUAACCAUUUGAAUCAUCCUGUAUUGUACUGUACAUCAGACUACGCAGGCUUGAUUGUGGUCAAUGUUCUGUUUUGUCAAAUAGUGAAAUUAUUAAUUGUUGUAAUUGUUGGACUGAAAAAUGGUUCAUCGUGUUGAAAUUGUUGAACGACCUCUAUUUUUUUGACUGCUAAAUGUUGCAUCAAUUAACCACUGUCUCACUCUGAAAUAUUGUAUAAAUCAUAUGUUUUAUAGAAUGUACACUUAGAUCAUUUGACGUUUUGAUUCGGGCCUAAUUCUUUCCAUUAGUUUAAUCCAUUCCACUUGACAAUUGACAUUUACAUGCUGUGGUUGAAAUGCAUUUGAGUUGAUUUCUCAAUGUAUCCUCUUCUGCUGAUGCACUGCAUCCAAGAAGACACCUCAUGCCUUAAUGUAUAGUGUGUGUGUGAGACAUUGAAUGCAGAUCGUGUUACUGUGGUCUCUAGUUUGUGUGUACUAAAGAUGUCAACGUACCAUGGUACUGAAGGCUUUGUGUAUAUGUAAUUGUACAUAUCUGAGUAUGGAAUCAAUGUGUGUACACUUGAGAGAAUCGUGAGCUGUGCUUUUGUUAGUUUAGUUAGUGUUUACGUUUAUUAUUUUCAUGCUCUGAAUGGAAUGUUUAGUAGUAAACCAUUUUUUACCACUCUAAGAUCCCACUAAUAGAGUAACACAAUGACAAGCCCACUAGAAAACACUCAUCGGUUGGAAAAUUCAUCACACCCCCAUCAAAUGAAUGCAGAGAAUACCAAUUCUAAUUUGUUUUCUGAUCAUGAACUCCACUGUGGAGAAAUACUAGUAUUAUCAUUUCAAUGGAUGGUAUUGACUUGGUGUGGGCAUUAAAAGUUGGAUUAUAAAUCAAAAGCAUAGAUAAUGGCCAAUUCUUUUCAGACUGCCUGUUAGAAUAUGGCCGAGAAAAUAAAACAAGCUUUUAGCUGUGCAUAUUCCAGCAUAGAUAAUAGCUGAUUGUGUGCAUUAUGCGGGACAUAGUGUUGUUAAACCCAUAAAUGCACACUUCAUUAUGUAGACUGAUAGCCUUCUUCAAUUUUCACUGAAUUACAUUAUGGGGGUAUGACAUGUAGACCUACACAGCUCAUAUGCGUAGAUGAGUAGAUGACAUCAGGUGUUAAAAAUUGCAAAUAUAUUAUGACUAGAUGAAAAGCUAUAACUCAGAACUUUUGAAACUCUUUUCCAUAGGUGCUAUAUUACUGCUGCAGAGAAGCAUCAACCAAAGGGAGCUGGUAGCAGCACCAGGACAAGAAUCUGCUGCACAAUCACAAUUGCAUAGAUAUAAAGAAGCCUUGUAAUUGAAAUGUUUUUUCAGUGUUAAUAGCCUGGUCUGACAUUUUUCCCUCGUCAACAGGUAUUUGUUUUUGUUGUUCUGGAGAGUUAGGUGUUUGUAUUGUUUGUUAAGAGCUGUAAAUCUGGAGUUCUGUAGCAUGUGUCCUUGAAAUGUGUAAAUAGUGUUAUAAUAAAUCUAAAGUAGCAGCCUGCA